GUGUCAACACAUCCUCAACUGGAGGGACAAUGGAUGUCAGAGGAGAAAGUAAAAGUGUCCUUUCCUUGCCCGUUGGUGUUGGACAGGAAAGUGUGGCACUCUACAGGACUGAAGGACCAUUUCUGCACAGUGUUCGUCUGUCUACCUCUCCAGACAGAGUGCAUGCUGGGAAGACUUUUGUUGUGGAAGUUUCAGGAAACCUGGCUGGACGCCCUGGCCAGCCCUCAGGGAUUCUGGGUCUGGCAGUGCAGGACCUCUCUUACGUCACUGUUGAGAUUCAUGAAACGACCCAUAAAGGUCAAAGAUCACAUCGCGUCAGCGUGUUGGAUGACGGCUCCUUUGUUGUGUCAUCUGCCUGGACUUUGGAAACUCCAGGAAAAUAUGAACUCAACGUCAGUGUCUCCAACCCCCUCUCCACACUCUGCUCCAUUCUCCACCUCUCCGUCUUGCAGCCCUCUCCACACAGCCUGGUGAUCUCUGUGCUUCAUGGCCCUCUGGGCGUCCCAGACUGCAUCCCUUUCCUGCCAACAGACUCCAACAGUGUGACGGUGGAGGCAGCAUAUUUGGGCGACCCAGUCACAUUGCAGGCAGACAUGAGUGAUAGUCUGCCAGUAGAGUUUUCUUGGUGGUUUAAAGGGAAAAACAUGGAGUGUGUAAAGACAGUUUGCCUUUCCAACUCUCAUUGUCUGAACAGUACUGUGACCUGGACCUUUGAAACAGAGGGAGUUCACAUGGUGUCCUUGAAUGCCUCGGGUGCCUAUGGGUGGACACAGGAGACCAUACAUGUUGUGGCUGUGCGUCCUGCUGUCUCUGACCUCAGAGUGAGCGUAUCAGAACAUCUGCUGACAUCCGGCGAGGUUGUUUCUGUGUACGUUGAGCUGUUCACCACCAUGAAGCACCUCCUCAUCCUCAGCCUCACACUGAACUCUGAGCAUGGCAGCACUGACAUGAAGGCUAGUUUAAGCAACAUCACUGAAUGUAAUUUCAGUAAGGACAAUGGAAACAUCAGCACGUCAAACACAGCUAAUAUUAAUAAAGCUGGAGAUCAUUUAAGUGAAAUGACUCACCGGGAGAGCAGCAAUGUUCACAACUGUAACAACAGUAACCGUGGCAACAUCAGCGAUGAUCACAAUCUCCUUCAAAACCACAAUAACAGCUGCUGUCACGAUGGCACCCACUUAUAUCUUCGCUCUGAUACCCAACUCCGCAUCGGCAACUGCUCCAGCUGCCAUUUGCACCUCCAACUUCGCUGCUGCCUCCCUACCACUGCAGGACAGUAUCACCUCAGAGUGUCUGUUCUUUCCACUUCAGACCCUUCAUCAGUGCUGCUCUCCACCGCCCUACCUCGAGCCUUGAUGGUGUACAAGCAUAUACAUGUCCUGAGGCCUUCUGGGAGUUGGAAAUCAGCAGUUUCAACCCAUACAGAAUUCAGCCUGGAGGUUUUCAGCCCCGCCAGCAGGCUGGGGUUGAGAGUGAUUUGGACUUUUAGUUUGGAUGAUGUUAUUGUGAUGAGCAGGACCACUGAAGAGUGGAACUUAAAUGCGUCUCUUACAAUAGCAGGCUGCUACAAAGUAACAGUCGAGGCCUUUAACCCAAUCAGCAGGGCCUCGUUCUGCACGCAAAUCCUCGUUCAAGAUCCAGUUGGAGAGUUGGUGUUGAACGUUCCCAGUGUGAUCACAACGCAUCAAAAACACUCUGUUUUAUUUAGCGUCACAGCGGGGUCAAACGUGACCGUGUCUCUGCUAGUGAAUGCAACACUGCUGUUCAGAAACAGCAGCUACACUGCAGGAGGAGAAACAGCGAUGGUUUUGCUUUUCAACCGCACAGGGGCAGUUGUGGUUGAGCUUCGAGCUGAGAAUGGAGUGUCUUCUCAGAGCAAAAGCGUGAGGGUGUGUGUUGAGAGGAACAGGAAGCCACAAGUUAAAGUUAAUCUAACGUGGCAACCACCUACCAGCCCUGUUCACAGCCUCGUGAACAAUGAAAAGCAAGCUUAUCCCACAAACACAGAUAUAACUUUUCUGGUUGUGGCUGAGGUACCCGACCCUGUGGAGUUCCUUUGGCACUUUGGAGACUCAGGAUCAGUCAGAACCACCUCAAGGACCGUUACUAGAAGAUACCACAAACCUGGCAGGUAUGAUGUAUUUGUAGUCCUGUCGAGCGGCCGGACCUCCCUUACCUCUGAUGUGUUCCCGCUGGUAGUCCAGAGAGCAGUGACGCUCAACCGGCUUCUUCACCAGGCGUCUGUCCUGCUGAACCAAACAGUGACGUUGAGUUGUCGUCUCAACGUGGGGACUGACGUCAGCUUCCUGUGGGACUUUGGAGACGGAUCACACAGGCUGGGACAGAGCACAGAACAACACGUUUUCCACAGGACAGGAGAGUUCACAGUGACAGUAACUGUGUCUAACCUGGUCAGCUCUGCUACUCUAAGCAGUCACAUCUUUGUGGUGGACCGGCCUUGUCAGCCUCCACCAGUCAAAAACAUGGGGCCUCUCAAACUACAGGUGCGAAGAUAUGAGUCUAUCCGUCUGGGGGUGACCUAUGAGACUGAGGUUGAUUGUGACAUUUCAGGAGGUCUUCACUACACCUGGACCUUGUUUGACUCUGCAGGACGUGUCUUCCCUUUACCUCUCAUAGACACACACAGACAGAGCCUCGUACUGCCCAGCCACCUCCUGCACUAUGACACCUACUCUGCCAUAGCCAGGGUUCAGGUCAAUGGCAGUGUGGUGUACAGUAACUACAGUGUGAGAGUGCAGGUGAUACCAAGCCCUCCUGUGGCCGUCAUCCAGGGCGGCACCAACAUCUUCAUUAACAACAGGAACACCACGGUGGUAACCCUGGAUGGACAGAGAUCUUAUGACCCUGACUCUCCCAUGAGCCUACUCAGCUUCACUUGGACGUGUAAACCAGUCAGCUCCAUCACAAGCUCCUGUUUCCACCAAGACGUUCCCACUUCAUCACCUGUGCUCACAUUUCCCGCCAGUUUCCUCAAACACAACUUUGACCAGUUCCAGUUCACGCUCACUAUUCACAGCGGUGAGCGUUCAGCUUCAUCAGAGAUCUUCCUCACAUUAACCUCAAAUGUGAACAGGAAGGUGUCAGUUUACUGCCCUCGGUGCCAGGGAGACGAGGUGAAUUGGGAUCAGUCUUUCUCUGUCAGUGCCUUGUGUGAAGGCUGUGGUAUUCCCCCAAAAGACAUUCAGUACACCUGGAGCUUGUACUUGGUGAAUGCGUCCUCCAAGCCUGUCAUAGAUGUCCCAUUUUGUUACACAGUGGAUCUCAGUGCUCCAUCCAGCAUCAUGGAGGGUCCUGCCACUUCCCCUCAGACUCCUUUGACUUCCACCCUGCAUGCACCUGCUACAGAUGCUUCACAGUACACCUCUGCUCCCAUCUUUCUGAUUGAGAAUGCUGCUGAAACCAGAGCCAAAAAACUACAUUUGAAUGAGAUUGACAGCAUAACAUUAUCAAAGUCAACUAUGGCUGGUUUAACAGAACCUGAGCCCCUGCCUAUGUCUUCUCAAGCCCAUAUAAGAACAGCAGGAUCAGGAGAGGAGCCCUUUUAUCACCCACUGGGAGAGUUUGACCCUCCAGAGCUUUUGUACUCAUCCACUGAAUACCAGCCACUUGCCCUUGACAACAGUGGCGUCCUAUUUUCAGACCAGAGUGACGUUAUCAGUGAAUUCCCAGUUGAUUUGGACUCCUCUGCUGAUUGGGAGUUUUCUUUUCCUGUCCUGGAGAGCGGUGACUUAGGAAGUCGACUAGAUUCAGAUUAUGAUGUUUCCUUGACGAGUGCAGAGGAAGGAGACCCAGGAAUUUCAGCAGGAAGACCCACAGGUGUGGACGGUGAGAGCUUCAAUCCAGGAGAUGAUCCGCUGUUUGAUUCAGCACUUCAUGAAGACCAGGGGAGUAAUCUGGUAGAUUCCAGGCCAUCCGUUGUGAUCCAGCAGCCAGUCCUGCUCGAUUUACCCCGAGAUCAGGUGGAAAGAGGCCUUUUUGAGUCAUACACUGACACAGGAAUUUUCUCCCCGUUGCUCAGCUUUAGACCCUUUAGUAUGAGGUCUGGGAGCAGAUACAUGUUGGAAGUUACUGCCAAAUCUCAUGAUGGUUUUCUGGGCCGUACUCAGCUGUUCUUAAAAACCAACCCUGCUCCAAAAGGCAUGACAUGCCAGGUACAACCAAUGGGAGGAAUGGAGUUACACACACACUUCAGCAUCUUCUGCAGCUCGGGGAAAGAGGAUUUAGUGUAUGAGUAUAGCAUCACUGUAGGAGACAAACCUCGCAGGGUGCUCUAUCAGGGGAGAGACUUCCAGUACUACUCCAGCCUUCCUUCUGGUGACCCAGAUGAUGACUAUAAAGUAACUAUUCACACAGUGAUCAGAAGCAGCACAUAUGGGACAGCCACUAAACCCUGUCCUGUUACCGUCCGAGUCCAACCAGGCUUCUUUAGAGACAACUCCUCUUCUUCCCGUCUUGAUCCUGAUCUGGAGCUUUCAGUGUCAGGUCUGAGGAACCUGUCAGCUCUGGUGCAGCUUGGGAACAUCGUGGAGGUCCGUAACUACAUCAGUCUCAUCUCCAGCAUCCUGAACAGACUCAGCCUGGACACCGAGGCCAACACACAGGCACAGAGACGCACGCGCAAUGUGCUCAUUUGCACAGCGUGUGAGCUCAAGAGCAGAGAACAGGAAUCCAUGGAAGACACCAUCUGCAUUCUCAAAGAUCUUUUGAAAGUUACAAGUCAGGUGUCAUUAGCGAGUGCAAGACGAGUGACAAUUCACGUUCAAGUCAUCUCAGAGCAUUUUCCAGAGUCCAGUGCUCCAGUCUUGUACAAUCUGGACCAAAAGACACUCAACACCCUGGUCGCCCUGCUCUCAUACAGCCUGCAAACUGCCGUCACUGGUAAUAACCUGGCACUAGAAAUGUCCAACAGUGUUGAGAUUAAACAGGCAUUAGAAUCAGGCUCACAUGAGGAAAACAUCAGAAAUGUUAUAGCCCCUUCUAAUGGCUCCAUACCAGACUCAUCCAGUGGUGUUUACAUCAAAAGAAGAGGAUCAAUUUCAACAAAGCAGGCGGUGCAGCUUGUCGCUGAUAUUCUGCAGACUGCUUCAGACCUGAUGCUGAAGUACAUCUUGUUCCAUGAGACUCAGGAGCACAGAGUCAGCACGGGUUUUAUCACCUUGUACGCUGCAUACCAAAACCACACCUCCACAGUCAUCAGCGGUGGCUCAACCAUCUUCUACAUGCCACCCUCUCUGAUCCGGAUUCUGUUUGUUCAUCACAGUAGAAAGACUGAGAGCAGACCACAUCGACCAUGUGCGCUCAGAAUACUAACUGAGCUUACCCACAGCCCUUACACCUGGGCCCACUAUCCUGGAGGGCUUAGUGGACCAGUGGUCGAUCUGAGUCUGUACGAGUGCAGCACGAGGAGAAAGAUCCCUGUUCGCUCUCUUAUUCAGCCAAUAAACAUUGAGCUGCAACAACCACCAAGAAACAAGAGCCCUGUGCACGAGCACGUCCUCUGGCGCAGCCAGGUCAACUAUCACAGCUUCAACAUUACCCAGGAGCACUUGCAGCAGGCCAUCCAGCUGAGUGUGGUCUUCUCGGCACCGCUCAACAAACCAUUUCCCAUCAUGCUGCUUUUCAGGAUGUUUAAGAGGCCGACUCCCAGCAUGCACCAUCUGCACAGGAUUCAUCACUGGGAGAGCAACACCACCCGCUUCACUCUGCCCUCAUCCUACCUCAGUGCUGCAGGUGUUGGUCAUCUGGCUCUGCUCAAUGCUGAUUUUGGAAAAGUACCCAGACACAAGCACCUGAGUGAACAGGUCAGCUACAGCUUCACAGUGGACAGUAGUUUAUGUUUGUCCUGGGAUGCCCACCAGGGGGCCUGGACACACUACGGCUGCAGGACACAGCAAGCAGACAAAACUACUGCAGCCAACUGCAGUUGUCACCAGUUGAGGCCUCUGACUGUGGUGCAGAGGCAGAUCCCGAGCAGCCAUGACACAACCGAUCUGGACCCAUUCCUAAGUGUGUCCAGUGAUCUGACAGUGCUGGGUGUGCUGGUGCUGUGUGUGUGCCUGUACAUCCCGGGGUUGGUGUUGUGUAAGAGAGCUGAUGUCAUCUCCGAGGCGAAUCAGAGAGUCCACUACCUUCCUGACAACUCGCCACGUGACCCAUAUCUCUAUGCCGUUACAAUCUACACUGGUCCCUGCUCUGCAGCCUGUAUGAGUGCAAAGGUUUACAUAGUGCUGAAUGGUGAAAAUGGAAUCUCGCAGACAAGAGAACUACAAAUGCCAGGAUGCACUCUGUUCAGAAGGAACUCUCAAGACACCUUUAUAAUCAGUGCAGCAGACAGCCUGGGCCAACUGUGGGGGAUCCACAUCUGGCAUGACAACUCUGGACCCUCUCCAAACUGGUACCUCAAACAAGUGGAGGUAUCUGAGGUGAACAGAGGGCAUGUGAAGGGACGUGAGUGGCUCUUUGUCGGUCAGUGCUGGUUGGCUGUGACCAAAGGCGAUGGACGGGUGGAGAGAACACUGCGAAUCAGCACUCAAGGAAUAGGUUUUGCUAAGAUGUUGUAUCUCAAGCUAUCUGACUACUUGGCCGACCGCCAUCUCUGGAUAUCUGUGCACAGCUGCCCCUGCCCUCACUCAUUCACACACACUCAAAGACUUAGCGUGAGCUUGCUGCUACUGCUCGGGUACGCAUGUGUGAACGCAGUGAUCAUAUCACACAUGGAAGAUCAGUUGCCGUUCGAGUUGGGGGUUAUUGAUGCAUCAACUGUUUCCAUGACAACUGGAGUAUUAAGUGUGGUGGCAGUGUUGCCUGUAGCAGCAAUUAUAUCCUUCCUGUUCCGACUGCGUGAGGUCAAGUUGACGGGGUCAGGAGUCCAACAUGCAACAGGCGGGAAGACUGAAAAGGACUUUUUUGAAGAUGCCCUUUCAGUAACUGACAGUACAUCUGAGCCAUAUCUCUCUUGGAGCAGUCUCCAGCAGUGGGCACAGGAAGCCUGGAGGAGAAAAUACCAGGACACAGAGUCGCUGCCAGCUUUCACUACAAUUCUGGAAAAUAAAAACACAGACAAAGAGCCUGUAAUCCUAAUAGAUGCGGCCAUAAGAGAGUCAGAGGCAGUCGAAGCGUUGCCGAUCACUGAGGGCAACAAUGUUAAUCAAGCACCUCAAGGGAAAGAGUCUGACCUUUUAGGUGAAAGCAUCACGUUUUAUAGAACCCAUAAAGCUCUUCUGUCUGAUACGAGGGAUGGCGAUGAAGAACCUCAAGGGAAAAGGAAGGAAGGAGGCCAUCAACAGAAAACAUGGCCUGGUCACAGCAGUUGUCACCGUGUCAUCGACAAGCUGAAAGGGAGCGGAUUCAGACCAGUAUCCCAGUGGAGUCACUAUUUGGCCUGGACACUGUGUCUGUUGUUGUCCCUCCUCUUCCUUAUACUCUCUGCAGUGCUGGGAACAAGGUUCAGCAGCAGCAAGGUUCUGCUGUGGAUACACUCUUUUUUCUUCUCCCUGAUCUCUUGCAUCUUCCUCAUCCAGCCAGCCGUGAUAAUCACAAUGGCAGUGACCGUCUCUUUUUGGUACCGAAAAAGAGCGGACUUUCAUAGUUUCUCCAGUAUAAGAGAGUUUGAAGCUUCAAAUCUGUGGAGCCACAAUAGUGGUAAUCAACCAGAAAAACAGAUUCCUCCAGAAAGAUGCACAUACCUUGAAAAGUUGCUUGGAGCUCGUCAACGUGCCCGGUACCUCCGUCUUGUGCGCCCGCCGUCCCCAGCAGAGCUGAGAAAAAUUCGCAGGAAGGAAAGAAGAGAGACUCUUAUCCAUAACAGCCUUAGGGAUUUGUCUGUCUGUGGCUGCAUGCUUUUCUUGAUGCUGUGUAUAAAUUAUGGCAGCUCAUUCACUGACCAUUACCACCUCAACAAAGCUGUCAGAAAACAGUUUAUAAGAGGCCAUGAUAAUGCAUUUAUGUCCAUACAAAAGCAUGAGGACUGGUGGAAGUGGGCACAGACCAGUCUGCUUAAUAUACUGUACAAGAAUGCAUCAGCUACAACUGAGUCACACAUCCUGAUUGGAGAGCCAAUCCUGUGGAAGACGGAGAUGCCCGGCUCAUUUAAGGACCAGGUCUCUAGUGUGACUCUUGUACCAGAAUAUCUUCGCUUGUUCUUGUCUCGGAGCAGAACAUCCACUCACCCUCAGUCUGAUGUUUUUGUUCCUAUGGCAACGCCCCCAAGAACAUGCGGUCACCUGGGCUGCUACUCAAGACCAAAUGCUGCAGUUGGCUUCGGCCACACAAAGUCUGACGCUGCCUCCAAACUGAGGCUCCUGCAUUCAGGUGGCUGGCUGGACAAACAGAGAGUGGCUGUUGAGGUCCACUUCACUUUGUUCAGCCCUGCACCCAACUUGUUCACCAGUGUGACCAUGCUUGCUGAGCAGAGCCCCACCGGUGUCCUGCUGCCCUCUGCCAAAGUCCAGUCAGUUAGAGUGUAUCACACUCCUGUUGUGUGGGACUAUGUUGUUAUGGCGUGUCAGCUCCUCUUCCUUCUCUUGUCUUUGAUGCAACUCUGUAAUCAAGUGUACACUCUAGGACAGCAAGGGCUGAUGGGAUACUGGACGACACCCUGCAACUGGCUGGAAGUCAGUUUGCUGACAGUAACCCUACUAUACUACAUUUAUUACGUCUAUCACUCUGUUAUUAUAUUGGAGGUUGUGGAGCUGCUGCAGAGACACAAUCACCGAGGACAUGUUGAUGUCAGCCUCUUGGCCACCUGGGAACAAAAUAUUCGCACUCUCCGUGCUGUUACGCUCUACCUCCUCACCAUGAAGUGUGUGACUGUGUUGAGGAUGAACAGGACAAUGGCCACCUCUGCUACACUCCUUACCCGCUCUCUGACCAGCCUUUUCUGGCCAACGGUUUCAGGUCUCAUCCUGCUGGUGGCGCUGUCCUGCAUGGGGAAUGUCCUGUUUGUUCAAAGCUCCUGGGCCUUCAGCUCUCUAUCCCGCUCCCUUCAGACCCUGCUCUGUCUCUACUGGAGUCCCAGGACUGCUGGAGGCCUCCACUUCUCCUGGCAUGAUUUUCUUUACCGUGGAGUUCUCUACCUGUCCUCCACUGUGGUGUGGACAGCAGUGGUGAAAGGUGUGGUCUCCUCGUUGGUCAGAAGUGUCAAAAGAUCUCAAAACCAGAAGAAUGUCUUUACUGCGGCAGAAUUAUUCGCCUACAUCAGACGGAGGGUUUCUGAAUUCACAGGGCGACGUAGACAAGCAUUGAUUGAAAAUCACGUGGAAGGGAAGACAUAUUACUUUGAGGAGUUUGAAAGCUUAGUGGAUGAACUAUUGUUCAGACUAAACGCCCUCUCAAACAGCCUGCACCACACUCUGCCCCCAAAAUCCCAUCGUUAUAUGGAGGAGGACAGUCCUGUCAUCUCACCCAUACAGGAGCCCUUUAAGAUGGACGCAGAGGACUUUAUAAGAACACAAAUAACAGACGAGACAAUGGUGAGUGAUCGCACAGAUGACAGUGGCUGUGGGGAAACUCUAUCUGCAUCACACCUGCUCAGGUCCAAUCUUGAAGUAGAGAUCCUGCCGUUCCUGCAGCAGAGAGGCCAAAGGGGAGUUAAUCCCUCCUCAGAAGCUGUUGUGGCAUCGGAUAAUUCACAACAACCUGAAACAAGAGCUGAAGAAAAGCCAAAAGACAGAGAGCCUCAGACUUAUUUUAAAGCACAAAACUAUCAGCCCCUCCCGGAGUCAGCAUCACUCAUCAGGGUUUGGACAGAAGAUGUUCUGGAGAAGCAAGUUGACCAGUGGACUAAAACAAAUGACAGUUGCUGGUUAAGUAAAAGUCAGGCGACGCAUACAGAGGUGGUGGUGGAAGUUCUGGUGCACGAGGAGCCUGGGAGUGUAGAGACAGGUUAACAGUUUAAGGAGAUGACAGUUGUGGAAACUAGAUCUGCAUCGUAUGUGUCGUAUGUACCCAGCAUCUUCUUAUAUUACCUAGAUCACAUAAACAUUUGACAUAAAGUGUUUGGUCCUUCAUAAAAAGGCUCAGUUACAAAAACUUUAUAACUAGUUUUAAUAGCUUUAUGACUAAUUUAUAAAUACUAAUAUAAGCCUUUGUAAUUUGUAAUACAUUUUUGAUUGCAAGGCUGUUGGUAAAAAGGUCAACAAUAGGGGUGGUCGGUAGUGUAGUGGGUUAAGCGCCUGCCCCGUGUGUGGAGGCUACAGUCCUCACCGCAGCCGGCCCCGGUUCAAAUCCUGCUUUGGACGGCCAUUUACUGCGUGUCAACCCCCUCUCUCUCUGCUUCCUGUCUAUCUUUACCUGUCUUAUCAUAAAAGGCCUAAAAAAGGUCAUUUAUAAGGCAUAUAGUUGUCAAUAAAUGUCUCUUAGUUAAGAUUUUAUGCAUCAUUUUACCUCAAUGUGCUUGCAAC